GACUACCAUCUGUUCCGCAAACGCCACGUGACACGGGAGAUUAGCAGCUUGGUCAUAGCUCUUUCCAAGAUUGUGGGCCGGUAUCUUGAACGCGACCAUGCCUUCUACUUGAUGCACCUCUCUCACCGCAUAUGCAGCUGUCCACUUGCUUGAUCUCGUACAUUGCAGAAACUGCCACUCGGGCUUGACACCUGUCGCGUGAGUGUCGAUCUCUGUAGCUCAGAGGGUAGAUUUCGUAAUCAGGUACGUGACCUCAUUCGCUACACUACGACAGUCGUCGGUACCACAUCGCGGUCGCCGCAACAUCUUCAGAGCGUUCAUAUUACUACACUCAUCAUAACACAUCUGCAAUCGCUUGAUCAUUUCUGCACAUCGAUAAACCGGAACGCGCGUGUCCGUGCAUCUACAGCUCCUGACUAUGCAAGCACAGCUCGGCCCGAUGAUAGACAUCAUCAAGGUGAGCGAAUGGCUCACUAAAAAUAUCAAUGAGAGGCUAUAUCCGCGGCUAUUCUUGAUGUCACCUAAUGGCAAUCUGCUAGCCUACUCAACGCCAGUCAACAUCAAGGAACUUCGCGAUCAAGCAGCACUGAUCUCCGCGGCAUGGAAAGAGCAUAGUGUCAGCCGGCAAACGCAGUCGGCGCCGGAUCCAAGACGGGACUCGUCACGAGAAGAUGCCGACGCCACGCACCAGAGCGGUUUGAAGCCAGCGCUUGAGACACUAACAAUUGAAGCUGAGAACAGCAAUAUUCUUGUUCGAUGUCUACAACCAGAACUACUCUUUGUCUUGGUUGGCGAGCUGCCACCGAACAAAACCCAGCGUUUCAAGAUAACCGCCGAAGGCCACGGCGAUCUGCGAUACCCUGCACUGGAAGGUUCUGAAGCACAACCAAAUGCAUCGAGAAGUGCACAGAACGCUACUAGCAAGCUCAAGGCUCCCUCGAUACGCAGCACAAUGAGCCAGCGGGAGUCAGAUAUCAAGCUCGGGGUAUUGCACGUACAACGUAAGAGACUCGACGCCUUAACCGACUACAUUCAACGUGAUUUCAAGGAAAGCGGCUUUAUCAUGCCGGCAGACUGGGCGCUCCAGUAGCCCUGGACGAUAUCGGACUCUCUGCCAGAGCCAUUAUUCGGCACCUCGUUGACACAUCAUGAGUCAGAAGAUGCUCUAAACAGCAAAUCGCAUGAUUCCGAGAAUAAUUCUCAUACUGAAGUCGGGCCAACAUGGAAUGGAAAUGGGAGUGUACUUACACAUGAUUGUACGCCUCCAGGGUCAUGCCAGACAGAAUGUGGGCCCUCGCUGCAAGAAGAAAACGAGUUGGAACAUGACCAUAAAAGUGUGCUUGUCUGGUUCAAGGAUAUAGUGAGCACCUUCAUCAAGACUUCGCCACAGAAAAAGAGUCGAAAACCUCCAGCCUCCAAUUUGCCUCU